AUGCAACUCAAUUUAUAUUUCUAUUUGUGUUCAGGGCAACGAGGUGGUAACAAAAAUGAAAUUGAUAUAAGUGUAGAGAAUAUUUAUAACAUAAUGAAAAUUAUGAAUAUAACUCCAACGAUUUGGUUUGAUAAUGAAGACAGAAAUUGCAACGUAAAUAAUAAUGAUGAAAUUCAAAGUUCUGAAGAAAUUAAUGAUGGAUAUCCAAUUGGACUUCUUGAAUAUUUAUCAGAUGAUUGUCCAUCCACUGGAGAUCCAUUAUUACUUUUGAGUCAUGUACAGCUAAAUGUUCGCAAUGCUUUUGAUGAUGGACUGAGAGCUUCUCUGUCGAUUCGUAAAUUAAGUUCCAAGAAAUCAUUUUUUCCUUUCGCUGAACCAAGAUUAAAUUUAUUUGGUAAAAUAACAAGGGUUAACGAGAGUGAGGAGAAUGAUGUUAAAAAUUGUUAUCUAGAGAAACAUCCAAAAGCUCGUUAUUGGCUUCCUGGCAAAGUUCAUUCAUUUCAUUUCUAUCGAUUUAAAGUUCAAGAUAUUUAUUUUAUUGGAGGAUUUAUUGAAGAGAAACUAUAUCAUGAGACAACUCUAGAUGGUGGUUCUGAUGAUAUUUGUGAAGAAUGA